CUUUGUAUCAACAUUUUGAAACAAAAUAAAUUUCGAUUUUGAUCUUUUAUCUUGAAUAAUGUUUAUCUAAAACAGUGAUAUUUCAUUAAAAUGGCUUUCCCAAAAGUCGAGGGCUAUGUGGUGACUGAAAAACUCGGUUCUGGAAGCUAUUCUACGGUCUACAAAGCAUAUACAAAGGUGGGCGGACGUGCGAUUGUCGCAGUAAAAUGCGUAGAAAAGUCGCGCGUGCGCGGCGCCGCGGCGGACAACCUCAUUACCGAGAUCAGGCUGCUGAAGACUUUAUCACAUCCACACAUUGUUGCCAUGAGGGAGUUCUCAUGGGACGACAGGAACAUCUACAUAAUCACGGAGUAUUGCUGCGGCGGCGACCUGUCCAAAUAUAUUCGUAGAUAUGGUCGCGUUCCGGAGAAACAGGUCCUGUACUUCUUGCAGCAGCUGGCUUCUGCGCUCAAGUUUUUAAGAGAAAAAGGUGUUGUCCACAUGGAUUUGAAGCCGCAUAAUCUUUUGCUGCACAAAGGUUCGGAUGGCAAAUACAUCUUGAAAGUGGCUGAUUUCGGCUUCGCCCAGUUUCUAUCAGACGAGAGUCGUCAGAAGAUGGUUCGCGGUUCCCCCCUUUAUAUGGCUCCAGAAAUGUUGCAUGGCGACUACACGGCUAGUGUCGAUCUGUGGAGCGUAGGUGUGAUAAUGUACGAAUGUUUAUUCGGCACGGCCCCAUACUCCUCCGCCACGCUUCAAGAGCUCAUCAAUAAGAUACAAAGCCGGGCGCCUAUACAGUUACCCCACGGCGCUGGUAUCUCUUCAGGCUGUAAGGACCUCCUAACAAGACUCCUGAAGCAUGACCCUGAAGAGAGGAUCACAUAUGAGGAGUUCUUUCAACAUCCAUACUUGGAUCUUGAGCAUAUGCCGAGCAAAGAUAACUAUGAUAAGGCUGUGGCGUUAAUAAAGCAGGCUGUGUCCUUGGACGCCGCGGGGCGGUUAGAGGAAGCGUUUACAGCUUAUUGCUCAAGCUUACGAUAUUUAGUGCCCGUCGUCCACUGCGAGAGCGAUGCGAUGCGGCGGCAGGCGCUCAGGGCCAAACUUACCAGCUACAUGGACCGCGCCGAGCAGCUCAAGCAUGUGCUCGGAGGGGGCGCCGCCCCCGCCCCCGCCCCCGCCCCCGCCCCCGCCCGCGCCCCCUCCGCCCCGCGGGGGACGGGGCACGCUACAGUGAACGCAAUAGGUCACGUGGAAGAACCUCUGUGUGCUGAGAACGAGGGAGACGACGAUAAGGAGCCUCCCGACCGUCGCCGGGGCGGGGGCGGGGGCGGGGGCGGGGGCGGGGGGGCGCGCGCGCGGCUGUGGCGCCUCCUCGGCCGGCACACACCCAGCCUAGACACGGAACCCUCUGAGGACGCAGGGCACUCUGACAAGGCGCGAGACGACCCGGCGGGCGAAGUAUGCCGUAUCACAUGA